GGGCGUUGGGCACCGCGAGGGCCGGGCUGCCCGAGUGGGUGGGGGGCCGCCGCGUCAGCCAGCUGCAGCCGGGCCGCGGCAGGCGGCGAGCGCGGACGACGCGGCCGCUCCUCCUCGGCCGCCCGGCAAGCCGCGAGUCCCCCAGCGCCCCCGCUCGCGGCCCCCGCCCCCUGGCCGUCUCCGCCUCCUUCCCUCACACACCCCUCCGGGCCGCCCGGGCCCCAGGCCUUCCAGGCGCUCCUCCUCCUCUCCACACUCGCAGCGACCCGGGUGCUCCUGCUGCUCGCCUGCCUCGCAGCCUCCGGGCCGAUUUCUCUUCCUUCUCCUCCUCGGGCUCUCCUUUCACACACACACACACGCGCGCGCGCCCUGGCUUUCUGGGCCGCCCCCUUUUUCUCCAACCCGACUCACCCUCAGUCCUUUAAACGCCGCCGUCUGGGGUGGGCGGAGGAUUGAUGUCCCUUCAGCAUCAUGCAGCCGCCGCCGAGGAAGGUGAAAGUUACACAAGAGCUGAGAAACAUUCAAGGUGAGCAGAUGACAAAACUUCAAGCCAAACAUCAGGCAGAAUGUGAUUUACUUGAAGAUAUGAGGACUUUCAGUCAGAAGAAGGCUGCUAUUGAAAGAGAGUAUGCACAGGGUAUCCAGAAGUUGGCUAGUCAAUACCUGAAGAGAGAUUGGCCUGGAAUAAAAACUGAUGAUCGGAAUGACUACAGGAGUAUGUAUCCUGUUUGGAAAUCUUUUCUCGAGGGAACAAUGCAGGUAGCCCAGUCUCGGAUCAAUAUAUGUGAAAACUAUAAAAACUUCAUUUCUGAACCUGCAAGAGCAGUAAGAAGCUUAAAAGAACAGCAACUAAAACGGUGUGUGGAUCAGUUGACAAAGAUCCAAACAGAAUUACAAGAAACUGUGAAAGAUUUAGUGAAAGGCAAAAAGAAGUACUUUGAGACUGAGCAGAUGGCUCAUGCAGUAAGAGAGAAAGCUGACAUCGAAGCAAAGUCUAAACUUAGUCUUUUUCAAUCAAGAAUCAGUUUACAGAAAGCAAGUGUGAAGUUAAAAGCCCGGCGAUCUGAAUGUAAUACCAAAGCCACCCACGCAAGGAAUGAUUACCUUCUUACACUAGCAGCAGCAAAUGCACAUCAGGACCGCUACUAUCAAACAGAUUUAGUUAACAUUAUGAAGGCUCUUGAUGGAAAUGUAUAUGACCACCUCAAGGAUUAUUUAAUAGCCUUCAGCCGGACCGAGCUAGAAACUUGCCAAGCUAUACAGAAUACAUUCCAGUUUUUACUAGAAAGCUCCAGCAAGGUGGUACGGGACUAUGACCUUCAGCUGUUUCUACAAGAGAAUGCUGUCUUUCACAAGCCUCAGCCCUUCCAGUUCCAGCCUUGUGACAGUGAUACUAGUUUAAAAGCCGCCCAACUGGUGGAUAUUGAGCUCUCCCCUGUCAGUGCUCUGAGAAUGACGAUAGCUGAGAGUCGACAAUUAGAAUCAGAAACUGGUACCACAGAGGAACACAGUCUAAAUAAGGAGGCUCGGAAAUGGGCCACACGUGUGGCACGUGAGCACAAAAAUAUUGUUCACCAGCAACGGGUUCUAAAUGAACUAGAAUGUCAUGGAGUUGCUGUAUCAGAACAAAGCCGAGCAGAGCUGGAACAGAAAAUAGAUGAAGCUAGAGAAAAUAUCCGUAAAGCAGAGAUCAUUAAAUUGAAAGCUGAGGCCCGACUAGACCUACUGAAGCAGAUUGGGGUUUCUGUAGAUACGUGGUUAAAGAGUGCCAUGAACCAAGUGAUGGAGGAACUGGAAAAUGAGCGGUGGGCCCGCCCUCCAGCUGUGACCAGCAACGGCACUCUACACUCGCUUAAUGCAGAUGCUGAAAGAGAAGAAGGAGAAGAGUUUGAAGAUAACAUGGAUGUUUUUGAUGACAGCAGCUCCAGCCCUUCUGGCACCUUACGAAAUUAUCCACUCACCUGCAAAGUUGUUUAUUCCUAUAAGGCUUCUCAACCAGAUGAGUUGACCAUUGAGGAACAUGAGGUGUUAGAAGUGAUUGAAGAUGGAGAUAUGGAAGACUGGGUAAAGGCUCGAAAUAAAGUUGGCCAAGUGGGUUAUGUGCCAGAAAAAUACCUACAAUUUCCCACCUCAAACAGCCUACUGAGCAUGCUACAGUCUUUGGCUGCUUUGGACAGUCGGUCACACACGUCCAGCAAUUCCACAGAAGCAGAACUUGUUUCAGGCAGCCUGAAUGGAGAUGCCAGUGUCUGUUUUGUGAAAGCACUUUAUGAUUAUGAGGGCCAGACAGAUGAUGAGUUGUCCUUUCCCGAGGGAGCAAUUAUCCGCAUCUUGAACAAAGAAAACCAAGAUGAUGAUGGCUUCUGGGAAGGGGAGUUCAGUGGUCGAAUUGGCGUUUUCCCAUCGGUGCUAGUGGAAGAGCUCUCGGCCUCCGAGAAUGGCGACACUCCAUGGACAAGAGAGAUUCAGAUCUCUCCAUCCCCCAAGCCUCACACAUCCCUGCCUCCACUGCCUCUGUAUGACCAGCCUCCCAGCAGCCCUUAUCCCAGUCCAGAUAAGAGGAGUUCCCAGUUCUUCCCUCGGUCUCCUUCAGCCAAUGAAAACAGCCUUCAUGCUGAAUCACCAGGAUUCUCACAGGCCUCAAGACAGACUCCCGACUCCUCAUAUGGCAAGCUGCGGCCUGUUCGGGCAGCACCCCCACCACCCACACAGAACCACCGACGGACAGCUGAGAAGGUGGAGGAUGUGGAGAUCACACUGGUGUGACAGUGGAUUUACCUUCCGUUACUGCUACAAUCAAGGCCGGGCUUGGAGUUUGGCCAGUCUGUUUUUAGGCACCUUUGCAUGAUGAUGACUCUUGAACGGAGCAAAACCAAGGAGGAUUCGAUGGGAUUGGUUGGCCUGAUUGUGCCUUUUUUGUUGUCAUUUUCUAUGUCAUCUCUCCUACCAUAGCACAAAUCAUAGCAGGUCCUAGAAGCAGAGGGGAGCAGCUCUCACGCCUUAUGGUGGCCCAUUUUUAUAUGAGACUCAAGGCCAGGCCUAGAUCCAGGGCACAGACCCAGAAUUACCAAUUGUGUGAACUCGUACAGUAUAUUACUGUGGCCACACAAGGCUGUGGCAAAGAUCUCAUCUUUCCUCAAGUGGAUUUUGCUUUUCUGAUUGUUAUUCAAAUCAAGUUGACUGUGUAAGGAAACAAGAGGGAUCCAGGAGAGGCUGGCUCCUCCCCAGGUUCAUUCCCAUACUGAAAAUGCAACCUUAUUGGGAAGAAAGUGGACUGCCUGAGCUUAGCGCCAAUUGCAUUAAUGCACAUCUCUUCCUCAACUAACAGAUUUAAAGUAACAGUGUCUUUUGUAUUAAUAUUUAUGCCAUUCAUUUAGUAUUAGUGGGCUAACCUGGAGGGGCUGAAGCCACAUCUUUCCCAUCACAUAGACUAGAAGGGAGGCUAAGGAAGAAGCAGAAAUGGAGCUUCCACAUCUGAAAUGAGCCACUUUAAUGUUCCUUUUGUCUUUGGGUAUUUUUCUUCAUGGUUUUUACAGUGUAUACCCUUCUGAUCAGUAUCCUUUGAAUCCAAGUGUCUGGCUGCAUUGAGGACAAAGGCCUAUACUGCUCAGCUUCUCUACUGGGGAGGCCCUUAUAUUAUUUUUAUUCCCAAGCCAGAGUACUGGCCUAGACAUCUGGGUUGUGAUUGGUGCAGACCAGCUGUUGCCUUCUGAAAGUACAGCUUCAGGUCCUGCUGCCCUGACAUUUGUUCAGGGUGAAGAAUCUAUGGGCCCUGGAGGAAACCUGCUUUCUGUGGAAAAGAUAAAGGACUGCACACAUGCCCAGGUGAAAACAAGGAGGCUAGCACCUCCUGCAGGUCAUGAAAAAGCUCAUGGUGCUCCCCUUGGCUUCAGCCUAAAAGGGCAAGCACUCUGUGGACUGUAGAUCUUGACCUAGGGAACAAAGCAAUGCUUGCCAAUCCUUUUACCUUGACUGGGAAAAGAAAUUCACAGAUUUAAAAGUUGUAUAAUGCUUUGAAAUUUCUAUCCCUUCUGAGAAUCUCUUAAAAACUUGAAAUGGUCACAUGUCCCCGUGGGAUUUUUGACUGAUAUCGGAGCUGAAGGGAUUUUCAGUCAUUUGAUCACUUUAGCAAUGAUACUCUGAUGAAUCUUCUCCAUGAAUUUGGAUUUUUUUGUUUUUACAUUUAUCUGUUGAUCUAUUUGAGGUCUUUUUAUGUUUAUCAAACUUAUUCUUAAGUUUAAAAAAUUAAAAGGGUAUUUUAAGAUUUUCAAAUUUGCUGAUCUUCAAAGUGCUUAUAAUAGAGCAGUUCCUGCCACCCAGUCUUGUAUUCUGUUUAGCUAACCAAAUUGUCCUUGGAUUUGAGUUUCCCAUAACCUCAGAGUUAUUUGAACUCUUUUGUUAUAUUUUAAAAUAUUUUUUGGAAGAGCUGCUAAUUUUAUUUUAAGAAACAAAGUUGUAAAAAUAUGCCUCCUUUUUUUUAAAAAAAAAAAAAAAAGUAACCCUUCUCUCCAGGCCGAAAAACCCCGGCAUCACCAUGCACAGAUCAGUGCUCAGAGGGAGCCUCUGUGUAGAUGCGCUUUCUUUACAGUGGCUGUAAAAAGUUUGUAUUUAUUAUGUAUAAAAUGUUGAAUAAUAAAAAAUGAAAUUAAAUUUU